AAAGAUGGCGUCACUUCUACGGGUGUCUGUGUGAACGAUUCUAGUUGCCGCUGAAAAAAUUGAUAUUUCUCGCAUAAAAUACAACUACCGGCCGCGUUAACCGAACGAAAAGCGUUAAUACAUAAUUCCGGUGUGAUUUACAAUUGAAAUUGUGCCAGUGCGUGCGCCAGUCGCUGUUAAAUCCCAACGCAAAGGAUUGUGUGUGUGCAUCCAGAGAAUUUCGAGUGCUCCCAAAACCAACAAUAGUUAAAUAACUGCUAAUAAGAAGAGAGUACUCUACGCUACGCCACUAUCUACUCUCCCGUGACGCCGUAUGCCAAUUAGUGGGAAAAGCGAGACAGUGCAUGUGAUGCCAAAAAACACAUAAAAUACAACCAAGCAGCAACAAGACAUAAGAGAAGAGCGCGCAAAAGCCAGAGUACGCAGAGAGAGAGUGCAGCUAGAGGAAUAUGUGAAAGAUUCAAUCGAAAAAUUGAUGUGCCAUUCAGGAGCAGAAGCAGCAACCAAGAAGCUAAGCGAGACGCGAGAGUAUUAUCCACAAAUUAAGUCAGAAAGGCGCAACAGUGCAACAAUCCCUCCAGCAACAACAAGAACCUGAAAACAACAACAGCAGACAGCAGCAAACAGAACGGAAAUCUAGAAACAGUGUAAAUACAACUGUAACGAAUUUAAAGCAAAACUACAGCAGCAGUUGCCAGAUACAUUUCAUGCCACCCGCAGACGUUGGUUGAUAAAUGUCAAGAUAAGUCGCUACCGUUUCAACACCGCCAUCAACAUAACACAGCAGCAGAGGCAGCAACAACUGCAACAGCAACAACAGCAACAGCAGACGGGUGUACUAAACAGAGAGAAACAUUCACCAUCACAGCAUUUGUUGCCAUUCGAGGAGCAGCAAAGGGCAACAGGAACAGCAGCAGCAGCAGUAGAAGCCGAGCAGGAGAAGCUCUGCAUAGGCGUCGGUGGCAGCGGCAGCAGCAGUAGCAGCAGCAGCAGCAGUAGCGGCUUAACCAAAGGUCGAGGAAACAACUGCAAGACGCCAAACUCUACUGCAAAAGUCGCCAACAUAACACAUAAAAUUUUCGGUUGGCUACGCAAGUCGCGAAACAAACGGCCAGUCGAGAUCCUACGCAGCGAUUUCGAAGGCGAAGACGGCGACGGAGACGAGGGGGAAGGAGGAGCAGAAGCAGCACCUGGGAGUGCAGCUGCAGGUGGGUCAGGUGCAGGUGGUGCAGCAGCCGAUCAAUUUUCAGUGGCAAACGUUCGAUAUAAAGCCGGCAAGCUGAAUACCACACAGACAGCCACGGAGACCACCACCGCCAUCGAUUCAAACGAACCCAAAUCUGAAAAGAUGUCAUCGGGGGGCACGUUUGUGGAUCGAAUCGACCCGUUCGCCAAACGUUCACUCAAAAAAAAGGGUAAAAAGAGUCAAGGUUCCUCGCGCUACAGAAAUUCACAGGAUGUUGAGUUGCAGCAAUUGCCGCCGCUAAAAGCCGAUUGCUCCAGCCUCGAACAGGAGGAGCUGUUUAUACGAAAGUUGCGUCAGUGUUGCGUAUCAUUUGACUUUAUGGAUCCCGUUACGGACUUGAAGGGCAAGGAAAUCAAGCGGGCGGCACUCAAUGAUCUAUCCACCUAUAUAACGCAUGGGCGCGGUGUGCUUACGGAACCGGUCUAUCCGGAAAUAAUACGCAUGAUUUCUUGCAACUUAUUUCGCACACUGCCGCCCAGCGAGAAUCCGGACUUUGAUCCCGAGGAGGAUGAUCCAACAUUGGAGGCCUCCUGGCCACACCUUCAGCUGGUGUAUGAGGUGUUCUUACGCUUCCUGGAAUCACAGGAUUUCCAAGCAACCAUUGGCAAGCGUGUGAUCGAUCAGAAGUUUGUCUUGCAGCUCUUGGAACUGUUCGACUCUGAGGAUCCACGUGAGCGUGACUUUCUCAAGACGGUGUUGCAUCGCAUCUAUGGGAAGUUCUUAGGAUUACGCGCUUUUAUACGAAAACAAAUCAAUAACAUAUUCUUGCGAUUCAUCUACGAGACGGAGCAUUUCAAUGGUGUGGGCGAACUGUUGGAAAUACUCGGCAGCAUCAUCAAUGGCUUUGCCUUGCCACUGAAGGCCGAGCAUAAACAGUUUUUGGUCAAGGUUCUGUUGCCGCUGCACAAAGUCAAAUGCCUAUCGCUAUAUCAUGCACAGUUGGCAUAUUGUAUUGUACAAUUCCUAGAGAAGGAUCCAUUCCUUACCGAGCCGGUGGUGCGGGGCCUGCUCAAAUUCUGGCCAAAGACGUGUUCCCAAAAGGAGGUCAUGUUCUUGGGCGAAAUUGAGGAGAUACUCGAUGUGAUCGAUCCGCCGCAGUUUGUCAAGAUACAGGAGCCGCUCUUCCGGCAGAUUGCCAAAUGUGUCUCGAGUCCACAUUUUCAGGUUGCUGAACGCGCUCUAUAUCUGUGGAAUAAUGAGUAUGCCAUGUCGCUGAUUGAGGAGAACAAUGCGGUGAUUAUGCCCAUCAUGUUCCCGGCUCUUUAUCGCAUCAGCAAGGAGCACUGGAACCAGACCAUUGUGGCGCUCGUCUAUAAUGUAUUGAAAACAUUCAUGGAAAUGAAUUCAAAGCUGUUCGAUGAGCUCACCUCAAGCUACAAGGCGGAGAGGCAAAAGGAAAAGAAACGUGAACGCGACCGCGAGGAACUGUGGAAGAAGCUGCACGAACUCGAAUCGAAUCGUUCUAAUGGGCGCACCGCAGGCGGCAGCGCUGCUGCGAAUGCAUCGAACAGCGCCUCAUCAUCAAACGCGGCGGCGUCCACGUCCUCCCAAUUGCAGCCACCAACCAGCAGCACAGCCGCCAUUAACUCUCAUCAGCAGCAGCAGUCGAAUAGCAGCAGCAGCGGCAGUCUGUCCAGCGGCGGCGCCGGCGGUGACAAUAAUCCUGCGACCACAAAUGCAAAAAUCAAACAGGAAAAGGCGGCGGACAACUAAACAGCCAGCAGCACACGCAAAACGCAAGGCAUGCGCCCGAAAAAUAACUAACAAUAAUGAAAAAACACGAGAGCCGUAAAGCGCAGUCCGUUGGCUAACACGUAAAAGCAUCUGUCGUUCCACAUCCCACACGUAACAGAUAGACAAGAGACAGGCGGAUAGACAGUGAGAGAGAGAGAGGCGAUAAAUAGUUAUACUAAAAACAAAAACACAUACAUAUGCUAAACUUUAAACACAAGAAAAUAUGAAAAAAAAAAAAAAAAAACAAACAACUAAAAUGUAUACUCGAUUGACGAAGACACCAACCAAGCGGUCGUCAGCGGAGGAAUAGGAUGCUUGAGCGGCUGUUGAGAGGCAGGUUGGAAGUAUGAGAGUAGGAGUGGAAGCAGAGUGGAAAGCGGAAACGGAAGUAAGAGCGAUAGCUAUAGCGUUUGCAGAAGCCCCUGUCUGUGUGUGUGUUAUGUUAAGAGAGCAGAAGCUUCGUCGAGUGCGGCAUCAAUGGAAAUCUAUAUAAAUAAUGUAUCUUACACCUA